CUGUGCCCAAGGUUAAGGCAAGAUAUGAGUUAUGAGACUGGACUAUUCACAGCAAAUGAGACACCACAGAAAUGUGUUGUAAAACUUCCCACUACAGCAGACGAUAACCUGCGGUUUCUUGCUCUUAUGCAGCUCGUUCCCGGAGACUACGCGGCGGUUUUUUUUUUUUUUUUUUUUGAAGCAAAUGUAGGUUUUUAUUGAGACGCCGUUGUCGGACAGCGAUUUGAGCUAGCACGUUGCUAGCUUAGCAAGUUGACUUGAGUGACAGGCUAGUGACGGGGGAGAAAAGUGCUCCGCUUCGGUGUGAAGGCAACGCGAAUUGACGGCAAACACUCCGGAAAACGUCGGCAUUUCCUUAUUUUAUUAUUUUUUUUGUGUGUGUACUUGGAUGAACAUUUCUCCAGAAGGUUUGUGUGAUUUUGCCAAAAUGCAACAUCAUCAGCAGAGGAUGGCAGCUUUAGGGACAGACAAAGAGCUCAGCGACUUGCUGGACUUCAGCGCGAUGCGAAACAGCGAUUUGAAAACGUUCCCAACAUCAAUGAUGUUUUCUCCUCCGGUUAGCAGUGGGAAAAAUGGACCGACCUCAUUGGGAAGUGGGCACUUCUCCGGCUCAAACGUGGAAGACAGACUGAGCUCAGCGUCCUGGGGAAACAGCAGCCGCAUAACAAAGAUUUACGUGGACGGCUCUCAAUACUCUCACAUGGCCGGUCGGGACUUGGGGUCACACGAUGGCAUCUCUCCUCCUUACGUGAACUCUAGGCUGGCAGGUAAAACAGAAAGAGCGUCGUACUCAUACGGUCGUGACUCGAACCUGCACGGGUGCCAUCAGCAGGGCAUCAUGGGAGGGGAGAUGGGAAUGGUGAGUCCCGGGACGGUAUCCCCCACUAAACCAGGCUCUCAGUAUUAUCAGCAUUACAGCAGCAACCAACGGCGAAGACCACUUCACAGCGACUCUAUGGAGGUCCAGACAAAGAAAGUACGCAAAGUCCCACCAGGCCUGCCCUCGUCGGUAUACGCACCGCCUGCCAGCACCGCAGAUUAUAAUCGAGACUCGCCGGGGUACCCGAGCUCUAAAGCACCCAGUGGCAGCUUCCCCACCUCCUUUUUUAUGCCAGAUGGGCAUCACAGUACAGACCCAUGGAGCUCCUCCAGCGGUAUGAAUCAGGCAGGUUACAGUGGAAUGCUGGGAAAUUCCUCCCAUGGCCCUCAGAGCAGCAGCUACUGUGGCCUGCACCCACACGAGAGACUUAGUUACCCAUCACACUCUUCGGCUGAGAUCAAUCCCAGUCUUCCUCCGAUGUCCACUUUCCAUCGCAACAAUGGCACAAAUCACUACAGCACCGCCUCCUGCACAUCGACCACAAAUGGAACAGACAGCGUUAUGGCAAAUCGAGCACCAAGUGGAGCAGCGAGCAGCUCACAGACUGGAGACGCAUUAGGAAAGGCCCUGGCUUCUAUCUACUCUCCUGAUCACACCAACAACAGUUUCCCCUCAAACCCCUCCACCCCAGUAGGAUCUCCACCCUCACUCACAGCUGCAAGUUCAGCCGUUUGGUCCAGGAAUGGUCAGGGAGCAUCAUCCCCGAACUAUGAGCCUCCAAUUCACUCACUGCAGAAUCGUAUAGAGGAUCGUCUGGAGAGACUGGAUGAUGCAAUUAACGUCCUUCAGAGGCACGCGGUUGGCCACAGCGACCUACACAACCUCAUCACGCCAUCACACACGCACUCACAUUCACACACACACUCGCACUCACACACGCACAAUGGUGGCAUGGGCAGCCUGAGCUCCAGCUACGGCACCGGCCUGCUCCCGUCCAACAGACAUUCCCUUAUGGUGGGGUCCCAUCGUGAGGAGGGAGUAGGGUUGCGCAGUUCUCACUCCAUUGUGCCCAAUCAAGUGCCCGUUCCUCAGCUGCCAGUUCAGUCUGCCACCUCACCAGAGUUUAAUCAGCCUGAUCCGUACCGGGCGCUCUCCAGUGGACUGCAGGGCCAGAGCACAUCUUCAGUGAGUUCGGACAUUAAAUCAGAAGACGAAGGAGACGAGAACCUGCAGGACUCCAAAUCUUCAGACAUCAAGAAGGAGGAUGUGGACAAGGACCUGAAAGCUAUAGAGAGCAACAAUGAUGAUGAGGAUCUGACUCCGGAGCAGAAGAUCGAGCGCGAGCGUGAGAGACGGAUGGCGAAUAACGCACGAGAGCGUCUCCGUGUACGAGACAUUAACGAGGCAUUUAAAGAGCUCGGGCGCAUGGUGCAGUUGCACCUGAAGAGUGAUAAACCGCAGACCAAACUGCUGAUCCUACACCAGGCCGUCGCUGUCAUUCUCAGUCUCGAACAGCAGGUCCGAGAGAGGAACCUAAAUCCAAAAGCAGCAUGUCUAAAAAGGCGAGAGGAAGAGAAAGUGUCCUCAGAUGCCCCGCCUCUCUCCAUGGGUGGAGCUCACCACAGCAUGGGCGAUGCCUCCAAUCCAAUGGGACAAAUGUAAAAAGCCACACCUCCUCCCUAAAAUGGUCAAAGCUGCCGGACUUUAUGAAAAUGAUGAGCGACCACUUCCUUUGACGACAUCAUUUACUCACCUGAAAGUCUGUUAAACAAUCAAAUCUGACCAGAUCAGUCAAUCAAUCAGAUUUUUGAUGAGUCACCUUAUGUUGUUCAUUCCUCUCCCUGAUCCUUCAUGUUUUUUUGACAUAUGCAUUGGCUAUGGGAAAAAUCUCUCCUUUUAAACAUUCCCAGGUGUUUUUCUUUUCCCCUAAUGAAAGUAACAGUAAAUAUUUAUGAUAAAUUCUUUUAUUAAAAAUAUGUGCAAAUGAUUGGGGGAUUCUUCAAACAUAUCAUAAUGUAAAACGUUGGAAAAGAGCCGUCAUGGGUUUUACUGGCAUUUUAAGUUUGUUUGUUUGUUUGUUUGUUUGUUUGAUUUUCAUACAGCGGACAAAAAUCCUCUCGCACCUUUCUCUUUCCGAGCGAGUAGAUUUAUUUGUAUUACGGUUUCUCUGAAAAGAGGGAGAGUUAGCCACAACGACAGUGUCCUAUUUUACAAAACGGUGUAAAAACUUGCAAUAACACUCAUUUAAAAAAAAUAAUAAAUAACAAGAAAAAAAGUGUACUUCUAGCACAGCGGUUCAAGGAGAUGCUACUGUGUUUUUAAAAGGCGUGUGAGUACAGCAGAACAAGAAAUGACUUUUUAACCAGCAAACUCCCAGGUGAGAUGGAGAUUUUAAACAACUUCGAAGGUCAUUCCAGCACAUUGGACAUAUUAUAUCAUACAGAAUGGCGAGUAUUGCAGAGAAAAUGCUUUUCUUUUUCAGAAGUGUAGAUAAUGCUAUAGUGCAGAUUUCAAUGCUAAUCUCUCUCCUUACAUAUCGGAAAUGGCCACAUCCACCAAACCAAACCAGUCUUUUUCUUUUGAUGUUUGUUUUGUUUUUUUCGCCCACGUCUUUCUCUCUCUCUCUCUCUCUCUCUGUCUCUCUCUCUCUCUCUCUGUGCUUUCCCACUUGUCAUGCCCCCAGCAAAUGCAAUUUUAAACACGCUACACUUGUACCAACGUGCCUUUUAGAGUUCAUAUCAUCACACAGUGCGAGAAGGACGUUAUCAGAAACCUUUUUUUUUAGGAUGCAAGCUUAGGGAGCAUUGUUAGUCAUUAGGUCUAUGCAGUCAGGUGUUUUACAGCCUGGGAUUUAAAAAAGUCAAAAGGAAAAAAACAUAUUUUUUGGAUAAACUGUAUUUAAUGUACUGUAUGCCUGUAUGUAAUUAGAAGGCGUGUCCUGGACAGAGAAUCGUAUAUAUAUAUAUAUAUAUAUAUAUAUAUAUAUAUAGCGAUUUCUUAGUCCUGCCCCAAGUCCACUUUAAACCUCCGCUGUCCCCAAAAGCUCACAGUUUCCACUGACACGUCUGUCAUCAAGCAUUGUAUUAUAGCUUAUUACCUGCUUUUUAUGAAUAUUGGCUUGUCCGUGAGCCGCUGUAGUCUUCAGUACAAAUGUGUGUUUGUAUGUGUAAAAAUGACUCUUCUUUCUCUCUCUUUUUUUUUAAGAAACAUUAUCUCUUAUUCUUUCGCUGUUUUGGGUUUCUGUUCAAAAAAAAAAAGAAUGAAAGAAAAAAGAGGAAAAAACGUGUUCAGCCGUAUGAGAUUCAACAGCGGCUCCUGCUUUUUUGUUUUUUUUCCCUUCUUCAAUCAACACGAGGCACUAAAACUGGAAAAAAAAACUAAAUCUAUUAGAAAAUCAAUAUAUAUAAAUGUAGAAAUAUAUACAGUAUAUAAAAAAAGUGUUGUUUUCAAAAGGAGAGAUUGAUGCAGAAUGGUUUCUGGGUGUUUUUUUUCUUCUUCUUCUUUUCUUUCCCGUGGAGCGCUGUGAUGCAUCAGUGUUCAUAUUAAAAAGAGUGAGACGUGACUCCAUAGUGAUCCGAUGUGUCGUGUGACAGUACGGAAGCCUCUGCAGGACAAAAAGGAUCAGAGCCCAGCUCAUCGGCUGGCUACCGAAACAGACAUUUGUACAUUUUAUGCAACAAACGCGAACUCAAACCAUUAUUUUGAAAUUGUGUACGUAAAAGUUAUAUUUUUACAUGUAGACUGUUGUUAUUUUGUGUUUAGAGAAAACAUUGUAUCGGUUUCUCUCUUUUUUUUACUUUCUUUCUUUCUCUGUUAAAAGGCGAAAAAGUAACAGUAACUCUGUGUCGAAAAAACGUGUCACAUUUGAAAUUGUAGUGAGGUCAAAAAGCUUCGAAAUUGUUUCUUUUAAAGAAAAAAGAAGACUUUGUUUAUAUUGCUGGGAACAUUUUUUUUUUUUUUUUAAGAAAACAAGAGGUUGGAAAAACAAAGGUAUAUAAUAUUUGUCUCAAUCUCUAUGAUCAUGACAUUGCCAUGUUUAAUUGUACUUUUUUGAAGAGAUGUGUGUAAAUAGUCAGGGUUUAUGUCAUUUUGGUUACUGCAGAUGGUAGAAUAAACGCGGUUUUAGAUUCAAACCCAGCAGUUUUUUUGUUUGUUUGUUUGUUUCUUUUUUUUUUAAAUGGCCAGGUUAUAAAUAAAUAAACGAGUCCGCUGUCCGUCUAUGUCAGCAAUCAACAAGAGUUCAGUCCUUGUAAAACACUGAAGAACAGAAUAAUUGGCUCAAGUCAGUUUAACAUGGUGCUUCAAUGCAGAUGUUUGAUAUCACACAUCUUCUUCUCUACCGCUUUAUCCUGUAUUCAGGAUCGCGGAGACCUGGAGCCUAUCCUAGGAGACUUAGGACACGAGGCGGGGUACACCCUGGACAGGGUACCAAUCCAUCGCAGGGCACACACACUCACACACUCAUUAACACACUACGGGCAAUUUUUUGGGAAUGCCAAUUAGCCAACCUGCAUACUGUAUCUUUGGACUGUGGGAGGAAACAGGAGUUCCCGGAGGAAACCCACAAAGUACGGGGGGAACAUGCAAAGUCCAUGGACACAGAGACGGGAAUCGAGCCUGGCCGGGAUCCGAACCCGGACAAGCUCUUAAAAAUAGUUGUUUUUUUUCUAAUAUUAAUUCUGUAUCUGAUACAGAUGAUUUGUUUUUCUAUCUUUAGAUUAAAUUGUGUUACAUUCUGCUUUCAAACACUGACAUUUUCACUGCAGUGUUUCAUCAUAAGUAGAGAAACACUAAAACAGUAACAUUUAAGAACAUUUUCGAGGAAAUGUGGAAAAUGAGAACGAAAUUAAUCAAACAAGGGUUUUUUUUUUCUUUGAUACCAUAAAUGUUAGUGAAAUAAGGGGAAAAAGCUAAAUUGUGCCACAGAAUUUCCAAUUAUUUUUAUAUUGUGUUUUUCUCUUUGUUCAUACUGUAUAUUUUUCAUUUACACAGCUUGUCACAAGAAACAAGCUUGAACACAGUGUUCUCCACUGAUUACCCCCCCCCACCCCCCCGCCUUAUCCAAACACAAACAUGAAGGCUCCAUGAAAACCCAAACUGGAUUGACACAAUUGAGACCCCACGACAGACGAUCUGAUGCACAUAUUUGAUUUGGUUCAUGUUUAACACCAGAAAUUGAUCCUAGGUCUUUCGUACGGAGGGUGAACAAGCUUACCUCUGAGCCACAAAUGCUCAAGCUGGAUUGACAGAAUAAUGAAGAAAAAUGUAUUUGCCACCAAAAACCACUUAUUUUCUAAUAUCCUUUCUACAAUAGGAAGUAAUAUAAUGAAAGUCCGUGGGGCAAGAGCUUAGAAUUUUAUUUUUAUUAUUUUAGAAACACUUUGUCACUGCCAAAUCCACUCUGGAAAAAAAAAAAUGCCAGUAUUUGUAGUUUCACUACAUGUUAAUGAAACGUCUUAAUCCAGGGUGAGAUUAUUCUAUCAGUCCAGCUGUUAGGUUUCUAACAGUGAAAAUAUCCUACACUUUUUGUCUCUCAAUUUUUCUGGAAUUAUGAACAAAUCUUUGCAUCAACAUUUUUUUUUUUUUUUUUUUGCAGUUUACGCUUGUUAUAUGCACAUUUGUGGACGUCUUCCAUGAUGGUUUUCUUUUCAGUCUGUUGUAAAACUCAUUUCUUAAUUUUUGUUUUUUAAGAUUAAUAAAUAAACUAAAUAAAUUACAAACAAGCACAAACUAAAAAUGUGUGUAAACCACAAACAAACAUGAACCUGUUGUAAUGGAAGUAUUACUUUUUCAUUUUUAUGUGUGGUUUUAUUUUAAACAUGUUCAUUAUAUCAUGUGUAACUGUACAAACCGUACAAAAAAAGAGAAGUGGCCUUUUUUCCCCAACCUUGUUACUUGUGAUGCAGUUACAAUAAGAAAAUACGUAUAAGCAGAGAUUUUCCCGUAUACCAGUGCCUGGCUUUUUUUUUUUUCUUUUGUUUUGUUCUGUUUUUCUCUAGAGCUCUUGCUGUAAAUUAGAUUCGCACACUCUAUUAUUAGAGGAAACACUAAUGAGAACUAAAUUUAACCUAUUAUAUUUGGCUUGUUUUUUGCAGGGGCAAUAAUUUUUUUUAUAUCAGAAAAACUGAUGAAGUAAGGAAAGGAAUCAGAACCAGCCGAAAUGGCCAACUUAGAAGUAUUCCUUUUUUUUUUUUUUUUUUUUUUUGGAGUGAUGUGAAAAUUUUAAACAACAUACUUUAUUUUACUAUUUAAUGUCUUUUUGGUUUGUGCUACUCAGACGAAGCUGAAUGGUGUUAAAAAAAAACGAGGGGACAAGCGGAUCCAUCGAAAAACACGAGCAGUUGUUCAAAAACGUUUAAACUAUACAACAGUUACAACUUUUCUCUCUUACUCUCUUUUUUUUUUAUCAAAAUGUCUGGCUGUGCGCCUCAAGCCUUUUAUUAUAAUUUUUUAAUGUUGGUGUUCUUGUUUAUAUUUGUUUAAUUUCAUACACUUUUGUUUUUCAUUACGUUUCUUUAUCAAUUUGAAUUAUGUUUAUUAUAUUAUAAUUAUAAUUAUUAUUGUCAUUGUUAUUGUUGUUCCUUGUUUUAAGACUAGUAUCAGUGUGUAAACGGAUUGUGUGCUGGAGUUUUCUCUUCGAGCCAGCUCAUCCUCGGCCAUUUGCCUGUCGGUUUUCAUCUUGUAGUUAAUCAAUGAAGUCAUGUACAUGACCAUUCUGUAGCAAUAAAUGUGCCAUUUUUAUAACUGACCGCU